UAUCUAUGUAGAGGGAAAAGUAGAACAGAUGAAUGAUUGGACGUCAGGUGACAUGUGACCCAUAGCUGUUAAGUUAUUACCUGGAAGAGUCAACGUCUCUGUACCUGGGAGUUCACCGUGAAGGUUAGGCGGGCUCCGACUCUCAGACUCGGAGCAUCGGUUUCAGGUUUUACUAAAGGCUGGACAAUUUUAUCCUCUUUUUGAAAUGACAACAGAGGCACUACUUGGAUGGCGAAAGCUGUUUCUGAUACUCACAGUGAUUCCCUGCUGCUUGAGUAUCAAGGUGUCCAUCCCAAAGCAGGAAUAUGAGGUAGCAAGGGGAGGCGAUAUUACGAUGACUUGUAACUUUGAACCAGCCCAACCCAUCUCAAAAGUUUUUGUUCUCACAUGGGAAGCUUACCCCGACGUUCUUGGUGAACCGCUGAGAACCUUGGCCACCUAUUUCUUGAACAUUGAGCCCAACUAUGGACCUGAAUACGAAGGUAGAGCACAACUGGAGGUUGACAUUAACAGGAAAGUGAGCACGCUGACUUUAAAAAAGGUGACCAUUGGGGACAGCCGCCAUUACCAGUGCGGUGUCUUGAUACCCAAUGAUGACCAGGGAACGCUAUCUGCAACCACUUCCCUUUUGGUCCUGGUUCCUCCCUCUACACCGAUCUGCACGCUUCAGGGAAGUCCAGAGUACUUUCACAACAUCACACUUACAUGCCGGUCUGAGGAGGGAUCUCCAGACCCCGUCUAUGAAUGGAAGAGCUACAGCGUGGAAAACAAUGCCAGACCCCUUCCACCCAAAAAAAUUAUCAAUGGCGGAGAGCUGUCUCUCUUCAACAUCUCAAGAGAGACAUCUGGGUACUACAUUUGUACAGCAACAAAUCGAAUCGGUUCUGCCAGCUACAAUUAUACCCUAGCUGUGACCCCAGCCCCUCUGAAGAAAUGGAGGAUUAUGGCCAUGAAACUGGAAAGGAGUACCGGGAUGACGAGUCGAUUCCUGAGAAAAAGCAGGUCAACCAAAACACAGUCGAUUUACCUCCUGACACUUACGGCACAGAAGGAGCAAGGCGGAAGUUGGACGAUGACCAGUACAGUUAUAAUAGUGGGAAAGGAAGGCCUGAUGGCAACAGCAGUGACGUUGGUUCUCAGCGUUACCGGGACGACCAGGGUGAUCGCUAUCGGGGAAGUCGCGAUCGCCUCGACGACCAACGAGAUCGCUAUGGUGGUAGUCGCGAUCGCCUCGACGACCAACGAGAUCGAUAUGGUGGUAGUCGCGAUCGCCUCGACGAACAACGAGAUCGCUAUGGCGGCAGUCGCGAUCGCCUUGACGACCAGCGAGAUCGCUAUGGCGGCAGUCGCGAUCGCCUUGACGACCAGCGAGAUCGCUAUGGUGGUAGUCGCGAUCGCCUUGACGACCAGAGAGAUCGCCACGGUAGUCGUGAUCACCUUGUCGACCAGCGAGAUCGCUAUGGUGGUAGUCGCGAUCGCCUUGAUGACCAGCGACAUCGUUACGGUAGUCGCGAUCGCCUUGACUACGAACGAGAUCACGACGGUGGUAGAUAUGAUGAUGAUGGUUUACUUAAAGUCUAGUCUUAAGGUGCCUUUAAAGUACUUCGGGGACCUACACAGGUGUCGGAGACAUUUAUGCUUGUGCCUCAUCAGUUUGGCUCACUCUGUAAAAACGACCCAAAUGCUAGUCGCUGCUGUGUCCUUUUUUUUGUUUUUUGCCAGUUGGGUCAAUAUGUGUUUUUACUUUCUGCUUCAGUUUCAACAAUGGUAACUGAAACUUUCGCAAAAUUUCGUACAUGUUUUUACGCUUCUGGGGAGGUGCACAUCAGCUACGCGCUAGGCUCUGCGUAGGCUAAACUACGGGCGGCGCAGAAGUUUAAACCGCCUAUGAUAGUCUCAUCAUUGACACCUUCUAAUAGAGAGGAAGUAAAUUCUCUCUUGAACAACUUUCUUCAGGACAACUUUAGCAUUAUGACAUUUUAAAUUUAAAUAAAUGUCAUGAGUUGGGCAAUAAAAACCUACAAUCACUUAAAAUCACCUAAACACACUUUGCACUUUGCAGUCAGGGAUUUGAUUAUUGUUUCAAAGCAUUGUUUGUCUCUCUUUGUUGUGAGAAUAUGCCAAAAGAAGUGUCUGAUCUUUAUUUUUUUCAGAAGACCAAACGCUUAGUCAAGAAAUUAAUCAACAGAUUAAAAAAAUGUAUGUUAAGUGAGACUUUAUUCUGAAUUAAUUGUUCACCGUGUUUUCUGUUUUUGUUUUUUCAUUUUUUCAGUAUUCUACUAAACGUCAUUCAUUGAAUGUAAGAAGUGCAGUUCUAUAUUUGGCAAAAUAAAAUCGAAGUUUCUAAAGAA